CUUUCAUGUUGUAUUGAUUAGUCUAAUUUCUUCAAAACACCUAAGAUUCAUGCCUAUAAAAAGAAAUGAAUUCAGGAUGCAUCAAAGAUCGGUUCAACAAACAUUAUUGAUAUUAUAUUUUCUGUUGAGUUAUAAUAGGGUGGAAGGACAAAAAAAGCUAUCCAAAUUAGAGGAUGCGGUGUUAGAGAAACAACUAAAAAUUCUGAACAAGCCAGCCGUCAAAACAGUAAAGACUAAAUAUGGAGAUACAUACGAUUGUGUAGAUUUCUACAAACAGCGUGCAUUUGAUCACCCGUUGUUGAAGGACCAUAAUUUUCAUCCUAAGAUGAAACCUACUUUAUCUAGAAUCAAGAAAGAUUCAACUUUCUCAUCAGCAACUAAUAGGUCAUCGACAAUAUGGUCUAAAGAUGGAGGAUGCCCUUUUGGAACUAUUCCUGUUAAGAAAAUUACAAAGGAUGAUCUUAUAAGAUUAAGACGUAUGCCCCCGCCAGAGGAUGUCACAUUCGACGAUAAAUAUGAUGUUAGCAACAACAAUAGUGGGCCAAAUGGAAGAUACGUAUCUUCACAAGGAUAUAAGGUUGCAAUAGCUCGGAUUCCAUAUAAUCCAAAUAGCAAGUUUGCGGCAGCCGGAAUGGAUACUGUUUUGUACAAUCCUCAAGUUAAAGGACAACAACACAGUGGAUCUCGACUAAAAAUUCAAAAAGGAUUAGAUAUCUUACAAGUUGGUUGGAGAGUGGACCCAACAUUAUAUGGGGAUACUGAUACUAGGUUUUUUAUACAUUUCCAGGCUGAUAAAAUUCAUUGCUUCAAUACACUAUGUCCCGGCUUUGUACAAGUAAACUAUGACGUACCUCUUGAUAAUUCAUUCAAGGAUACUAUUUCACAACGUGGAGGGAAACAUUGGGGUGUGAAAGUAUACAUUGAUCGGGACUUAGCUGGAAAUUGGUGGCUUUUAGUGUCACAAGACUUUACGCGAGUAGGUUUCUGGCCACAAAGUCUCUUCACUGACUUGAAAAGUUUUGCUACGAAUGUUGAUUGGGGAGGAGUUGUAUAUAGUCCACCAGGUGUACCAAAACCUCCGAUGGGCUCAAGCUAUUUUCCUAUUGAAGACUCUAACUAUGAUGCUUAUUGUGCUGACGUUAUAAUUUUCAACGAGAAAGGAAAAAUAAUUGAAGUAGAUAAAACAAUCACACAUACCGAUAAUAUGUACAAGGUUGAAUUUAUACAACUUUCGCGUGGUGCAAAGCAUAAGUAUUUUGUUCUUUAUGGGGGACCGGGUGAAAGUACACAUGUUUAA